AUGCUCAAAAGAGAUCAGUGUCGGCGCUGUGAUGGUAUUUGUUCGACUCCAACCUCGAAGAUCCUUUGCAGCAGAUGCGGUGUAGCGUGUUAUUGUAGCGAUAAGUGCAAAGGCAGUGAUGAGUUUCGGCAUCAAGUAGAUUGUCAGACGGCUGCUUUGAAGCGGAAGUGCUCUGGAUGUAACCAAGAGAAGAUUGGGUUGAAAUCGUGUGGCGGCUGUCGUGAAGCGUGGUACUGUGAUAAAGAAUGUCAGAAGAAGGCUUGGCCGACGCACAAGCAUCUCUGCCGACCGGUUAUAGCAAAGAUCAGCGAAUUGUCUGAAAGGCUGAACGAUAUCUUCGAUUUCAAGAAGAGCACAAACUCGCAUGGGGUGGGAACUGUAUAUUACUGGGGGAACACCCCUGCCACGGACGUCAUCAAUCUUUCAUUGAACGAGGGAUUUGACUAUUCCAAACCUUUGUCGGUUCUUGCCUGCGAUGUUGGAGACCCAAGAAAUAUUCUGCGUUCUCUGUGUGAUCUUCCUGAAGUUUAUAAACAGGAAAUGACCUUCACUUUAAACGACAUUUGCGCCUGUACACUCGCCAGGACCGCUCUGAUUCUUUAUUUUCUUUAUAAAGGUAAGUGAUGAAGACCGUCCCAACGAAAACGUUCAGUAUUCAUGAUUGCGGGGGGCGGUGGAGGGAGUUUGGGGGAGGCAUUUUGUAAUACCUUUAUUUUCAAUAUCUGUAUGACCCCUUCAGUGCCCAUUAAGCAACAACAAAACUUGAAUGACCUCCUUUCCCCCCAUACUUUCUAUUUUUAAGAGAGAACCCCCCGGGGACGAGGUUAAACCCCUGCCCCAACCAUAAACAAUGAAAACUCCCUUACGGGUCAAAAGAGUCCUGUCCUUACUCAGCUGAGUUUAUGAUGGCCUAAAGGUAUGUCGAUUUACCUACAGCAGUUUUGGACAUGAGGCGUGGAAACAUAUCGAUGCUUAUUUUUCGUAGGAGGGGAAGAUGUUGCAAGUUCAGUGACGCAGAUUUGGUAUUCUUUGGGUCUCAGCGACGUGGACUCUCGGCUAGUGAUUUCCAGGUUGCAAGAGCUGGUCGAGGCAUCCAGUCUUGAGGAACUGACAAAAGGAACAAUGAAGAUGAACCAGGGCCAUUUUCAAAGGCUUGUUGAAGUGUGGCGUACCUGGCUUGAUCUUAGCACACGCCAAGGAGACUGGAUAACAGAAGCUCGAAACAAGCGAUUUACAAGUUUUGACGCACAAGAGGGAAUGAAUCUCUACUAG